CGGUCCUAGUUUUUGAUGGUCCCUGUUUUACACUCGAGCUCGCAAGUUCAUAUUUUUCACUUCCGGUUGUACAAACUUAACUUCCGGACGCCGUACAUUGUGAAAGCAUGAGAGAUCGUGGUACCGGCAGACUGGCUAAAAGAGGUCCACCUAUGCGAGGUCAUAUGAGAAUGGGGCCACCACAUAUUCGACCUGGGAUGCCGUUUCGGUCAUUUAUUCCUCACAUCCCAUUUGAUCUAGUUCAGUGUGAGUCUGCAUUUCCCAAGGCGAGACCAGUUCCAGAUGAGAAGGCUUUUACUGAGGCCUUGCUGAAGAGGAACAAUGACCUGACACCGAAUGCCGUGGAGCAGGCAUCUAUCCUCGCUCUCGUCACCAAGAUGCAGAGUAUUCUCGACAACCUCGUCAUCGUCCCGGGCUCGUUCGAUGCAGCUCAACUGGAAGAAGUGCGACAAGUGGGUUCGUUCAAGAAAGGGACAAUGAUGGCUAGUUGCAACAUUGCCGACAUUGUCGUCAUGUUUAAAACACUUCCAACCAAGGAGGCAGUGGCUGCUCUUGGAAAUAAGGUAUUGGAAGAACUGAAGGUUCAAGAUCCCAACGAAGUUUUGAGUAUGCUGACUAAUGACACAGGUUUUGAGAUAAGUUCAGCUGACGCUAGCGUCAAAUGUCUCGUAGCCACCAUUCCGCCGAAUCUCAAGAAACUCGACCCAGCCCUGCACAUGGAUGGGAAGGUGAUGCAUGGUCAUUUGGCAGCAGUGCGACAUGCCCGCUGGUUUGAGGAAAACGCGGUUCAUUCUAGUAUUAAAGUUCUGAUUCGCCUGCUGCGCGAUCUACGGAUGAGAUUUGAAGGAUUACAGCCGCUAACACCGUGGAUCAUAGACCUACUGUCUCAUUUUGCUGUCAUGAACAACCCGUCGAGACAGCCACUUGCUAUUAACUGUGCGUUCAAGCGAUGUCUACAGCUGCUGGCUGCGGGUUUCUUCCUUCCAGGCUCGGUUGGUAUCACGGACCCGUGUGAGCAGGGAACAGUUCGCAUCCACACCGUGAUGACGUUAGAGCAGCAGGAUCAGGUCUGCUACACAGCACAAACACUUCUCCGAGUUCUCAGUCACGGAGGUUACAAACAGAUCCUUGGCAUGGAAGGAAACGCCAGUGAUAUUUCAGGUAUAGCCACAGAAAUGAGUGUGUGGGAGGGUGUGGUCGUGACACCUUCGGACCGGGCCUACGAGAAGCCGGUGCAGAAAGAAGGGGAGGACGUCGACGGGGAGGGGGCAGACGACGAAGUAAUGGAGACUGCGGACACAGCGUAAAACAUGUUGUCAUGGUUUUAGAUGCAAGAUUCCCAGCCGAUUCUGUAGAAGCAAAAACAAUGAAACAACUUUGACUAAAAACUUUUGACUGAAGUUCAGCAAGCGUUGCUGAAUCAGGAUCAUUUUGCGUACAUCAGUGUCACCUCAUUUUUUUUUAUUAUUGUGUGAAUUUGUGACUUUCAUAUGUUCAUUUGAUUAUCAUAUGACAUUGGCAUACACAUUGCAUUAGAUGACGUUUUUUUAAAUUGCUUUCACGGAAACACAAAUAAAGAACUAUUGUUGUCUCGACUUUAUGAAGUUAAAAGGCGAGAUCUUGGUAUUACGUUUCUGACAAGUGUUGGUGGCAAUGACCUUAACUUUUGCGUUGAAGUUUUAAAGUUUAAAUUUUGCAUUUACAUCAGUUUUUCACAAACUAUAAGUCGUAGGUCAGUGAAACUUAGUUUAGAGUUGCACCUAUGGAUGUUCAUAACAGUGUAGGGAAAAGGGGAGAACAAAAUUAUGGUAGGCAAGACAUUUAAUUCCAUAGAAUGUUUUUGUUUUUAAUUGUGCGAAUUUGUGACUUUCACAUGUUCACUUGAUUAUCAUAUAACAUUGGUGCAUACAUUGUUUUCAAUGAUUUUGUUUAAAAUUUACUUUUAAAGAAACACAAAUACAGAAAUCUUGUAUUGACCUUUGAGUACAACAUAAAUGUAUAUGUAGAUCAUCGUCUGAAUAUAAGAGAUUUUGAAUCUACAGUAUACAAACCAACAGUAAAGUCAACCAGACCUAGGUGAUUGACUAGAAAACAGUCGCUAGACUAGUUUAUGCACUUCACAGUAAACCAAAUGGCCACGGCGGGAACCAAAACAGUUUCCCAACAUUAGCAAAACAUUAGCUGGCUGAACUUGUAUUUUUAGUAUAAUUCCAUAUAUAGAUAUUUCACAUUGUCGUGAGAUUUUUUACAUUAUCAGUCAUGGCUGCCAAAGAAUGCUUUUAGUCUUGAUAAUUGUUAAUUUACAUUAAAUUUAAUUAAUUAUAUUUGCAACAAUUAAUUUGAUACGUCUUCAAAAUAUUGAGUAAGUGUUUGCAAUAAAAUGUGAUUUUUAAAUUGUUUUUUUAAGAACACUGAUAUAGCUUUAUCAAGUAGAACUACAGAUCCAAUUUGACUUUUAUAGAAAUUUAUUCAAGGGAAGUAAACUAAAAAAAUAGAAUUUAUUCUUGCUUAUCAGAGUUAUGGCCCUUAAAUUUAGGAGUUAUAGCCAGUUAAGUUUAAUUACGGAAAUUUAUUCAAGGGAAAUAACUGUCAAAAUCGAAUUUAUCCAUGUUUAACAGAGUUAUGGCUCUUAAAAGUUAGGAUAUAUGAAAAUUUGUUGGUUCCGUUAAGGGCCAGGUUUUCCUUUAGCAGGACUCAGAAUUUUUUUUUUAUUGUUAACUUGAACACUACUUAUAAAUGUUUUCUUAAAUUAUCUAGUUUGGCAAGUCGGACAUGUCGCACGUCAUCCUGGUGUUUCAUAGUAGCUAAAUAUUAAUUUUAUGCGAAACAAAAAAUGGCAAUUACUUCAGCAACUUAUCUCAUUGGCUUUAAGCAGUGUUCGACAAAUGUUUAAGAAAGUCACUAGCCCUCGUAGAAGCUUUGGCUAGUAUCAUAUGUAUUAUGGUAAUACAUUUGAUAAUUUCCACUAGCCCAGACCAAAAAUUCACCAGACAUGUUAGUGGAAACCUGCACUUGGACAACAUUCACUCAUACUUAGUACUGAUAUUUCAGUCAUAAUGCCCCUGCCCCCACCCCCAUCCCAUUUACAAAAUGCUAUAACCGCCCCUGGUAGAACAUAAGGUAAUGUUUCAUUGUGUGUUUGUAUAUUGUUAUAAAAGAUAUAAUGUUAAUGAUGUCCAUCUUUUCACCAAGAUCAUUGUAUGUCAGUAAAAUAAAAAGCAAAAAACCCCCA